AUGGAGUGCAUUAGCCCUGCGCUUCGUCGCGCGCGACGGACGGGACGACGGGACAAGCACACACCCACGCACUUGAGCUUGAUGCCGACACUGCGGCCCUUGAGGCCCGGAUGCUUGCUGAUGGCGGCGCAGUUGGCGUGCAGAAUGGCAAAGCUCUCGUCGAGGAGGAUGAGGUUCUGCUCGGGCGUCCAAGGAAUGGCGACGCGCUGCUUCUUCUGCGAGGCCCUCGUGGUGCCGUUGGAUCAGCAAGAAUCGAAGAGGAGCGCAAUCUUAGGCGACGAUGGCACGCACCUCGGCGGCGCUCUCUUCCUUCUUGGCACGCUGCGCCUGCACGUCUCGGGCUCUUCAGCAGCAGGCGUGUGAGCACGUCUUGUCAAGCACGCACGCUGCUCUCGGCCUUGGACGCUUUGGGCAUGGUGCGUGUGUGAUCCUCGUGCACGGGUGGGAUGUGGGUGUUGAGAGGGUAAAAAGGCAAGCACGCGGCGCAGUCCAGCGACUCACUGCUGCUUCAGAGCACGAAGCGGCCAUCCACGAGCCCCACACGGAGACGACGGCGGUCCGUCGUGGGCGUGCCGCUGUUGAGUGCCUCAUCAAGCGCAUGCUCAUCACAUCACGGCACGGCACGGCGGCGAGGCGUCUCGAUCAUGUCGCGCUCUGAGAUGCACAGCGCUCGCGCCUGAUACGAACAUUCAGGGCACGCAGAUCGAGAUGGAAUUUCACG